GCGUCCGAACUCCGAAGUGGAAAACGAGCUGGAAUAUAAAAAUAUUAUGAUCAAACCAAUGCUCUAAAAACCUACUAACUUUCCACUAGAUCGGUAUUAGAUUCCAGUCUUACUUGUUUGGCCAAGAGAACCUCCCCGAUUAUUGCCUAUCACUCCCUCCCUCGCGUGACCGCGUCCCUGCGAAGAUGUUGACGGCAAAAUCCCUAGUAAACCACUGCUCAUCUUCCUCAUUCUCCUCAAAACCACGAAUAGCAACACCAAAACCCAAAAACCCUAUCUUGGACUUCCCAUUUCUCCACUCUCGCUCUCCCAAAGCACGCUCCCUCUCAAUCACAAACUCGGCCGAAGAGCACCGCCAUGCUGAGCCGGUCAGCCCAGGUCAAUUCCGAGUCGACAUUCUGUCGGAAGCCCUACCCUUCAUCCAGAAAUUCCGGGGCAAGACCAUCGUGGUCAAAUACGGGGGCGCAGCCAUGAAGUCCCAGGCCCUACAGGCCUCCGUCGUCAACGACCUCGUCCUCCUCUCCUGCGUGGGCCUCCGCCCCGUCCUGGUCCACGGCGGUGGCCCCGAGAUCAACCUCUGGCUCAAGCGCCUCAACAUCGAGGCCGUCUUCCGCGACGGCCUUCGGGUUACGGACUCCGAAACCAUGGAGAUCGUCUCCAUGGUGUUGGUCGGGAAAGUCAACAAACAUUUGGUGUCCCUGAUCAACAGGGCCGGCGCCACCGCGGUCGGUCUCUCAGGCAUGGAUGGCCAACUCCUGACUGCCCGGCCCAGCCCGAAUUCUGCCCAAUUGGGGUUCGUCGGCGAGGUUGCCCGCGUCGAUCCUAACGUCCUGCGGCCACUAGUUGACAGUGGCCACAUCCCGGUGGUGACUUCGGUGGCGGCGGACGAGUCAGGACAACCGUACAACAUAAAUGCGGACACGGUGGCUGGAGAAUUGGCCGCGGCAUUGGGGGCCGAGAAGUUGAUCCUUCUGACCGACGUGCCGGGGAUUUUGAGGGACCGCGAGGAUCCGACUAGCUUGGUGAAAGUAAUAAAUAUUAGCGGGGUGAAGGAGAUGAUUGAGGAGGGGAAGGUCGGUGGUGGGAUGAUUCCCAAGGUGAAUUGCUGCGUUCGAUCGCUCGCCCAAGGUGUGAGGACUGCGAGUAUCAUCGACGGGAGGGUGCCGCACUCGUUGCUCUUGGAGAUUAUGACAGAUAAAGGGGCUGGAACUAUGAUCACUGGGUAAUAAAAAUGCGGCUCGGUUUUAAUGUUCUUUCUUUUGGUUUUGAUGCAUGCAUAAGGAAUUGGAAAUGAAAUGGAAAUGGAAAUCUCAAUUACUCGAGGAUUUGGGUUAUGUCAUGUGGCUUGUAAUGCUUCGAAAAUCUCUAUGAUGUUGUUCUGUGACUAUGUUUGUGGCAAACUGAACAAUUUGCUGAUGAGAAAUUGAGGCAACUAAUAAUCAUAUCCUGAUUUUUUGAA